AGCAACUCCAAGAAGAAGAAGAGAAAGUACACCAGCCCCGCUGUCCCCAAGUGCCGCCACUUGAAGAAGUCCGACGGAGAGCCGUUCUGGCGCAAAGACAUCCAGUACGACUUUCUCCAGGAGCUCUUUGACGACCCCACGCCUGCGUUCACCAACGAGUUCCCCUUCUGCGACAUCCCAUCGGCAAACAACAGCCCCAAGCUCACGUUCUCGGAGCUCUACAUCCGGUCGCUCGUGGAGUCGUCCAAGUGCUCCAAGAUCCUUAAGGAGCGGUUGAUCAAGGAUGUGGACCUCGGAAAGUCAGUCUCCAAGGUGUGCCUCCUUGUCAACGCUGGCAGAAUGAACACCACCAUCAAUUUCGUUCCCGAAAUGAGAUCCACAUUAAGAACAUACCACUCGAUUCCGUCGCUCCAGGCUGACCCCCAAUAUGGAGGAUCCAAGCCGUUGCAAGACACUCCCAGACUCAAAUCGAUCCUCAAGGCCGUUUGCGAGGGCGAUGAUGUGGUGAAGUCAUUGGAAGAGUUGCUUGCACAUCCUCCGGUCAAGAAACCAAACACAAACGUCAUCCAAAUCAUCUUCUUGUUGAGCAACUACAACAAAAACAUUCCUCACUUCGACGACGAGUCUGUGGAUAUGUCAAGCAGACUCUUCAACUCGUUCAUGCAAUUCUUCUUAAACUCAAAAAUGCAUCCAAAGUGCAGAGCCCGCAGGUUCUUGUGGCUUCUUUACACCUAUCUCGAGACCAAUUUCUCCCCCGAAGAACUUGCAUCCAAUCCAUUCGGUGGUGCUGUUCCUCCUUCAGUUGACUAUAUUCCCGAUGAGGAAUUGGAGUCUUUCGACAAAGAUACAGAUUUCGAAAUCGAGUAUUCUGAACAAAUGUACAAGACAAGGUUGCAAUAUUUGGCAGACGAAGAGCACAACAGUACUCCAAAGAGGGGAAACAAGUCCAAGAGCGAUCUUGCAGCAGCAGCUGCUGCUGCUGCCGCUGCUGAAAAUGGCUCAGAAAGUCAUGAUAACGAGGAGUAUAGACAAUUAUUGACUGACGAUGCUAAGAGUAAGAAGAAAAAGAGUAGAAGAUCCUCAGGAAAAGCCGGUCCUUCUCCUUUGACUAGAACGGUGAUUUUUGCUGGCCCUAAGCAUGAUGACUAUUCCAGCGAAGAUUCUGACAGCUCAGUUGACUACCUGGAAGAAAACUACAGUGCUAUUGACUUUUCACCUAAGAAUCCUAUAAGAAAUAGAUCUAAAGUGAGGAAGCUUGAGUUUCCGAUCGAAAAUUUAGAUGUUCUAAACGAAUUAUAUUCAACUUCUUCUUACAUUUCCGAAGUUCCACAAGAAUCUACAGCCAUUAUCGCACGUCAAGAUGUUGUUGAUAGAUCCAAACCAAUCAUCUAUCAAGUUAGAACGUCAUCUAAAGCAAGUACCGCUUCAUUUAACAAAAAGACAAUAAUUUUGGGUAACUGGGUUUACAGAUACUUCAAGUACAAAAAAUCAAUUGGAAACAAACUUCUCGGGAUUGAGUGGGAAGAUAUACGAUAUGAUCUCAUCAAUGGAUUGGAGUCCUAUAUGUACCAACAAUUUGGUAGGUCAUUGGAUUUACGUCAUGUCCCCGAGGCACAUCAACACCCUAAAGAGUCAUCAGAAGAGGAUUUAGCAUUCGAGUACCUUCCAGCACAUGAGUUUAACGCGAUUAACGAAACAAACUCGUAUUUGUUACAGUUGGCUACCUAUUGUAAUGAUUGGUUUUUGAAAAGAAUAAGCCAAGAAAAGUUUGAUCGUCCUGCUCUGAUCCUGUUUGACUUGGAAAACAACACAAUGAAU